AUGGUGGAUAGAUCAUUAAAUACAGCUAACUAUAUACCAUUCUCUCCCCUUCGAAAUACGUUUAAUGAUGAUUACGAGUCUGGCAUGGAGGCUUCUGCUUCCUCUAUGGCAUCUGGAGGAGACGAGGAUGACGAUUUCGACGAUGUAGAGGAAGAAGACCAAAAGCGCAAAGAAGAGUUGAGAAAGCUAUUUCAAGAGAGGCAUCAGCCCAAGAAAUCUCUCAUGAACUAUACAAAGACGAGCAACAAACUCACUAGCAAAUAUCAUCGAAGAAUGAGCAGUGGGAAUAGUAGCACAGAUAGUAAUGCUCCUGCAUCUACAGCAACAACGGCAACAGACUUUCGCACUCCACUGCCUGUCAUUCGCCAAACCAACGCUCGCAUCAGCAAUAUUGCUACUGUCAGUUCUGCUGCUGCUGAUGCUGCUAGAAGGGAGGAUGUGCCAACACCAACCUCAGGUUAUGAUGGAGACACUGAAGGCCCUGUCAUCAACGAGAGUAAACCAAACUUUCGCUUAUAA